GUUUAGCAAGUUGAAGGUUUGAAGGGAAGAGGUGAACCGCUGUCAGCAAUAUUCCUAUUUGAAAGAAGAAACGAGAGUUUUCCAAGGAAAAUUAAGAAGCUAAUUCCGAACGAUAAAGAAGAAGAACUAAAAACACGUCUGACAGUUGUAGUCCGUAUCAACUAGGAAAGGUAGUGGGUUAGGGGAUUUCGCUCUUUUCACAUUUGAAUUGAAAGUAAUAUUACCAAUGGCUGCUCGACGAGACAUUGCACCUUUCCUGAGUGGUCUUCGGAACUUCCUACUCGGUCGCUCCCACAAUCUCGCCCUCCGCUUCGAGGACGGCUUAGCAAACCGGACCCAGCCCCAGCCAAUCCUGCCUGACGGUCCAUCCCAUGAACUCUCGGCCAACUAUUACUUCAACCGGGAUGCACGCAGGCUUGUCGCGCCGCCCCUAGACGUCACACACCAUAAACUCCUCGAGUCGACCGCAGGCGCUAAGGGCUUGCCAGCCGGAACCGCGAGUCUACCAACUCCAGGAAAAAUUCACAAUUUUGAUUAGAGAUUUGUUUGUUAGUAGAACCGUUGGAGCAUGAAAUAAAGCCGAAAUAACGAAGCCAA